UGAGUAACGGGGCGGGCGGAGGCAUCAUAGGCGGCGGCGGCGGCGGCUCGCGCUCCUGGUUUGCCAGUCCGUCAGUCGGAGCUGGGCGCUCGCGAAGGGAGGAGCUGCUGUGAGGCCCGAAAGCGAGCGCCUCCUCCCGACCUCCCCCCCGCCUCCGCCCUGCCGAGCCCCGAGGAUGAUAAACACCCAGGACAGUAGUAUUUUGCCUUUGAGUAACUGCCCCCAACUACAGUGCUGCAGGCACAUUGUCCCAGGGCCUCUGUGGUGCUCCGAUGCCCCUCACCCACUGUCGAAGAUCCCCGGUGGGCGAGGGGUUGGCAGGGAUCCUUCUCUCUCAGCUUUGAUAUAUAAGGAUGAGAAGCUCACUGUUAACCAAGAUCUUCCAGUGCACGAUGGGAAACCACACAUUGUCCACUUCCAGUACAAAGUUACGGAAGUAAAGGUCUCCUCUUGGGAUGCAGUGCUAUCCAAUCAGAGUCUUUUUGUGGAAAUCCCUGAUGGUGUAUUAGCUGAUGGGAGUAAAGAAGGAUUAUUAGCACUGUUGGAAUUUGCUGAAGAAAAAAUGAAAGCAAGUUAUGUCUUUAUUUGCUUCCGAAAAAGCAGAGAAGACAGAGCUGCAUUACUGAAGACAUUCAGUUUUUUGGGCUUUGAAAUUGUGAGGCCUGGCCAUCCCUGUGUCCCAUCACGACCAGAUGUGUUGUUCAUGGUAUACCCCCUGGAUCAGGUCUCUUCUGAUGAUGAUUAGACCCAGUGCAGCACUUCAGUGGGACCCGAACAUGCUUCAAAGACGAGAGGGGGCUAAAACUCCUCUUCGGAGGAAAGGAAAAACAAAAUUCUUCUGGACUGAAACUGCAUUUCUUAUUGUUAGAGUGACCUGUAUAUCUUCUGAGUUGACUUUUCCAUUGAAAUGUGUUACCUAGUGAAUAAUAUAAAGUCUGCACAUGUAAUCGCACAAUAGUAAAUGGAAGGUAAAUGGAGCCCUUUCAUACAGCUCUGUUGUCUGCUGGUUAGCCUAGUGGACAGACAUCCUGUCCAGCCACCCAAUGGGCAAGGAGCUCAGAGGUGAAGAGGGACACAGAUCUGACUUGUUAAAUUAGCGUUGGGCUUUUCUGUUCAUUUGGUUAUUUGGCUUUCAUUUUAAAUAACUGUAUACUUUUGUGUUCACUCAGACUUAAGCAGGAGGCAUGCUUUGGGCAUAGGGAUGUGAGGAACAGUAACACUGUUAGCAAAGCCUAGGUGGUGGUACCCCCUGGAGUAACCAACACUGUGGGUUCCUGAGAAGCUUUGUGCUCUUUCUAGCCUUUUUAUUAGGUUAGUAUUAACACUGCAUUAGUACAGCUUUCAAUAAAAAGGGGCAUUCAAAAAACAUGCGAAGCUGAUCCUGAUUUUUAGAGAGAAAGAACUGCAUAAGCACCCCUUUCCCAGAAUUGUAAUAGUUCUGCUGUUUUUCACUGCAUUCUGUAGUGGAAGUGGAUGUAAAACUCUGAGUGGAGAUUGUGAAUAAAUGGUGAAAAUUAUAAUUA